UCCCGGCGCAGCAGAAAUCAAAGCAGUCGCUGCCCGGCCGUCGUCGGUGUUGGUUGUUGUUGUGGGUGUGUGAGAGUGGAUCGGACGCGGAAAUUGAGAGUGGAAGUGCAGGAUGGAACAUUCAGUGAUUUAAAUUUGUGGGCAAUUGUGUCGAACUAGUUGCCGGACAGACGGAGCACGGAAAUUCGGUUCAAGAUGCGGCUGGUGCCGGCUGCACCACUGUGUGUGCUGUGCUGUAUCACCGUCACCACAUUCUCCACCACCGCCGCUGCCGCCGCCGCCGCGGUCUCUGCCGGACCAGCUGCCGCCUCUCUCGUCACAAACGACGAUGGCUGGCGGGGCAGCGACGCCGACGGCGAGGGCAACUUCCUCGUCAGUCCGGACGCGCAGGCCGACUUUGUGGUUCCAGCCGGGUUCCAGGUUAUGGACCUGACGCGCGAGGCACACCGCAUCCCCGGCCAGCCGGCGCGGUACCUGAUUCUGUCGAGCCGCGUGGUGCGUCCCGGCCACCCGUACCGCCUCUCUGUGAACGUGCUGGAUAACCGACAACCAGUGGUGGUGCGCGCCGCCCUGUUCAGGGACUCGGUGCGACUGAGCGGCGUGCAGCGAGAGUGUGCCGAGAACAGCAUGAGCCUGCUCGAAAUACCGGUGCCGUCCAACAGCGGGCCGGGCCGGUACCGUCUACACGUGGAGGGGAACGAGCCGGAUCAGCUGGAGGGCUCGCUGUUCCGUAACCAGACCGAGCUGCGGUUUGAGGCCCGCUCGCUGACCAUGCUGGUGCAGAUGGACAGCCCCGUCUACCGGCAGCUGCAGACAGUCCGGUUCCGGGUGGUACUGCUGGGAACCGAUCUCAAGUCGUUCAAGUCAUCGGCAGACGUCCGGCUGCUGGAUCCGAACGGCAUCAUCAUGAAGCGAUGGCCGUCACUGCAGUCGAACACUGGCCUGGUGUCUGCCGAGUACCCGCUGGGGGAUCAGCCGGUCGAGGGCAGCUGGAAGGUGCGUGUUACGGCUCGCGGUCAAACUGAGGAGCAACCCUUCCUGGUGGAGGUCUACCAGCCGCCAAAGUUUGAGGUGCUGGUGGAGACGCCGGCGCUGCUGCGCACCUCUGACCCGGCCCUGCACGUCACUGUAACGGCCGACUACAGCUCCGGCGGCGGGGCCGUGUCGGGUCAGCUGACCCUGCUGGCAGAGGCGGCCCCGCUGCACCGACACGUCGGCUGGAGGGCCAAACAGGUCGUCCUCGAGACCAUCCACUCGUUUUCGGGCCGCCACCAGACGUCCGUGCCGAUGUCUCAGCUGCUGCAGCUGCUGCAGCCGCUGGACGGCUCCGAGGUCAAGGUCACGGCGCAGCUAGUGGAUGACCAGCUGCAGGUCACUGGUCAGGGUCACAGCGCCACCCGCGUCUACGGAGACACCAUCCAGCUGAAAUUCCUGGGCGGGCCCAGCCAGGUGUUCCGCGCGCACAUGCCGUUCAGGGCACAUCUGGUGGCCCAUAUGACGGACGGCUCCCGUCUCAGUCCGGAGCGGCUGGUCCGACACCGGCUGGACGUCCAGCCGGAGCUGGUCUUCAGGGACGGCAAGCGGUUCAAGAUGUCGAAGCGGCGUGCUCAGAUGUCUCCGAACCACCCGGGCGUCUGGGAGGUGGAGGUCGUUCUGUAUGAGGAGCGGGAUUUCAACCAGCGUAUGGACCACGUGCGCUACCUGCGGCUGAGCGCCUCUCUGAAGGACUACCGCGGCAAGACGGCCCGUGCCGAGGCGGUGGCGGCUGCUGUGCACACGCCCUCCAAUCUGCACCUGCACCUGGCCACCUCCACACACUUCCCUAAGGUGGGCGAAUAUCUGGUGCUACACGUGCGCUGCAACUUCUUCAUCGACCACUUCCGCUACGUGGUGUUCUCCAAAGGCAUCCUGCUGGACCACGGCCUCGUCAAAAUGAAGGCGCCGCUGCACACGUUCCCCAUACCGGUGACACCCCAGAUGGCGCCAGAGGCCACUGUGCUCAUCUUCCACCUGACCCCGUACGGCCAGGUGGUCAGCGACACACUCCGCUUCCCCGUCUCCGGACUCUCCAGAAAUAAUUUCACGGUGUCGGUGGCUCGCACCACGCACCCGAACCAGCCCCGGUUCGGGGUCGAGGUGUCGGUCAAAGGUCGCCAGGGGGCCACCGUGGGCCUGGCCGCCUUCCAGUCGCACCUCUACCAGGUCGCCGCCGGAACAGACGUCUCCAGCUUCAAGCUGAUGCGAGCCAUGCAGAAGUUCGACCACAGCGCCUCUAGCGGCGAGUUUGCUCAUCAGUGGACGACGGACGACGGCCUUCCCGGCCCUACCGUUCAUCUGGCCUCUCACCGAACAGCAUUUGGCUUCAACGAAACGCUCGAAGACUCGGAGCUGCUUGUGCUCACGGAUGCCGGGGUUCCUCCGCGGCCGCCGCCACCUCCCUGCACUCUGGGGGGCCGGCGAGCCUGCAGGGCGGGCGGCUGUUACCCCACCUCGGCCCGCUGCGACGGCCGCUUCGACUGUGACGAUAUGUCCGACGAGUCAGGGUGCGACUCUAGUCUUCACUCUGGCGUGGACGAGUUCCUGUUGCGGAGGCGGAGUCGGGUGCUGUCGGACUUCAUGCCGACUUGGCUAUGGCGCGACGUCACCAUUGGCAAGAACGGGCACAUCAUCGUGCAGGCGGACGGGCCGAACGUGACGUCAAAGUGGACCGUCUCCAGUAUCGGCGUGGGCGAGGAGAACGGUCUCGGCUACGUGCACACGGCGGCAAAGUACUCAGUGACCCGUCAGCUGGAGGCCGCCGCCAGCCUGCCCACCGCCUGUGUGCUCGGGGAGCAGCUCGGCCUGAUAGUCACCCUCCGCAGCAGGGCCAACAGCAGCGUCACCGUCAACCUGGUGCUGGCCAAGUCGCCCCGCUACCGCUUCGUCAGUCUGGCAGAGUUCGGAAAACAGCCGGGCAGCGUGCGCCGCUCGGAUGACGCCCUGGUAGAACACCGCACCGCCGUGGCGCUGGCAGCCCGGCAGACCAGGACCGUCACGCUGCCCGUGGAGCCGCUGGUCACGGGCACCGUCACCGUGACGCUCUACACGGAGCACCAGGGUGUCAAACACUUCCUCAGGGAGACGGUCUCCGUCAGGCUACCCGGCGUACCCUCGGAGGAGCACACGGUUCUACUAGCGGACGUCACGGCCCGGCCGUACCUGUACCAGUUCCUGGACGUACCGCGUCCCCAUUUGGUGGUACCCGACUCGUACCACGCCACCAUAUCACUCACCGGCGGUGUGGUCGGACCGUGGGCUGAUGCAGAGGACCUGCCCACCGCGCCGCGGACCGCCGACGCGGCGCUCAGCCGCCUGCUGAUGACGCUCUAUGAGAUGACGUACCUGGCGCCGGAGCGGCCGCGCGCUGACGCCCUGAUGAGCCGACUCUCCACUGCCUACCAGAGCCUGCUGACCUUCCGGCGAACGGACGGCGGCUUCGCGCUGUACAGCAGUGACCAGCCGGGCAGUAUCUGGAUGACCGCCCAUGCCACGCUGGCUCUGGCCAAACUGCGCCGAUCGCCGCGCCGCCAGCGGUCGCUACUCGACACUAAGGUUCUCUCCAGCGCCGCUAGGUGGCUGCUGCAGGCGCAGCAGAGCUCUGGUCUGUUCCGAGAAGAGACCGUGGCGGCUGACCAGCGGUACAAUGAUACCGGUGACGUAAUGCUGACGUCACACGCGCUGAUGGCGCUGACCGAGGUGGCAAAACUGCAGGAGGAUGAGGAUGCGGAUAUUGCUGAUGGCUUAGAGACACUGGAGCGUCUGGCCGUGCCGGGUCUGGCCGAGGGCGUGGCCUCCGCCACCGGUCUGCUAUCUGUCCGGGUCCGUGGCUCACUGACAGCCCUGCAGGCGGCACUGGCGGCCCUGGCGCUGGCUGGUGGCGGCGGCCGGGCGGCCAGCGACGCGCGGGAGCUGCUCUCCAGUCAGCUCAGGGAUGAGGGCGAGUUUAUGUACUGGAGUCGCGAGCCGCACCCGCUGCCGGCCUACCGUCUGGAGGAGCAUGUGCCGUACCUGCAGCCGCGGCGUACCUUCAGCCGCGAGUCGGAGAACGUGCUGACCACGGCGCUGGCGCUCAGGGCGUACGUGGCCCUGGGUCAACACCGCACGGAGCCCAUCGUCCGCUGGCUACAGGCCAGGAGGGCAACAGACUUCGGCUGGAUUGGAUACAUGGACACCCUAGCGGUGACGGAAGCGCUGAUGGACUACUCCAAAGCGCGGCACGUUCAAAAGGAGGCGGACAUUCAGAUGGACGUGGAGACGGCCGGUGGAAGGGACAGUUUACACACGCACGACCAGACGGCCGGCGCUCGGCAGGAGCUGCAGAUCACCGACCCGAGCGAGGGUCUGAAGCUGCGAUUCACCGGGUCAGGGGUGGCCCUGGCUCAGCUGAGCGUUCAGUACCGACUCUUCUCUCGGAAGGAGGAGGGUGACAUUUUGCUGGACGUGGACGCGGGUCACCACAGUCCGAACGGAUCGCACGUCACCAUCGGACUCUGCGUCAGACUCUCCGACCUAUCUGAGCGUCGCGUCUCGGGCGCCGUGGCCGUACUCGCUGACGUACCCUCGGGCUACGGCGUGUCAGCGGCGGCACUCCGUCAGUACGUACACAGCGGGGCCGUGCCGCGACUGGUGGCGGCGGAACUCACCGCAGCACAUCGACUGCAGCUCGUCUUCAGCUCGCUGGUCUCAGCGCCGGUGUGCGCGCGCAUCACGGUAGUCCGAUGGUUCGCCGUGACAAACAUGUCCCGCAGCCUCUCGGCAGAGGCGUACCCGCUUCAUGAGCCCGAGCGCCGCUCGUCGGCCAUGUUCGACGUCUCGGAGCUGUCCCGGUACGGUCUGUGUGACCUCUGCGGCAGCUACCAGUGCGGCGGGUGCACGGCCUCCAGCCGGACCAGCAGCGCCGCGCCGACCUCGGCACCACUGGUGACCCUGCUGGUGACCCUACUGGUGACGCUGGUGCUGCCAGUGAUACCUGCGAGGGUUUGGAGGUGACUGACGGAGCUGUGACCGGCCGCGAGGGCCUGACUGCCCAGAGAAGGGACCCAGCUAUGCAAUGUCGAUGGGGUGGCGCAAGGAAGCGUGCUGUGCCCUGCACUGUUCGUGAUGUCCAAAUUCCCUGUCGACGGGACAGUGUUCGGUUGCUCGCGGGUCUGAAUGUUUAUCGGCGUUUUGUUGCGGCCGCCGGUGCCGCCAGGCGCGGCGGCUCACGUCGGGCCGACAGGGACGUGCCAAACUGAGUUCGAGUUGCUUCGUUUUUGUUACCGUUUUGCUCAGAGCCGCGCGGACACCGCCGUGCGAUGUCGCGUGUUUUGGUGUCACUGCCGUCGCCCUGUUUCAGAAUGCUUGCUUUGGGUUGCACUGCCAGUUGACGACGAGCGUGCUGGGUCCAGGAGGCAACACGUUUGUGACUCUCCCGAUCGGGAGAUUUCACGGUCUCAGAAAUUUCCAGUUACGUAAGCGGAGAGCUGCCUGUUGUGUGAGCGAUUUCGGCGAGGUUGGUUAGAUGCGAUUUAUGUUCGAUCGCACCGAGUGAAUCGAGAGAUGUGUAUGGCGAAACGAGAGCGCACGAGACGCGAACAUGGAUGUAAUCUAGUCAAUGGCGACAGCUACUGAAUGUGGGCCGGGAGAACUGUGACGUAACUUUUCUGGUGACAGCAGCGCCUGGUCAGCUGUAAAGCUAGUAUUUAUUGAUUAGCCGACUGUACAGAUACCGAUGAUUAUUUGUAUACGUGAAUACAGCCAAGUAUGCCAUGU